AUGAUCCUGGUUACUGAUGAAUAUAGGGUAGCUUCAGCUUCGACGGCGGUUUCUUCAGUCUUUUUCAAUCCUAUUUUUGGCAAACUCCAACUACUGUUAUCAACAGGUUACGCUAAGAUGACGUCCACCAAUCAAAAUGCUCCGAAUAUGGGACAUCGACACUCACUGACAAUCGAGACGAAUCCCUUGCAUCUUUUGCCAUCCAACAUGCGGCGAUUCUCGCAAGCGGAUUCUCUACGGCAUCCAGCUGCACCUAUGCUUGCUAAACUGCAAGGAACGGUUCCUCCAAAUAUCCCUGAAAGUGAUGUAUCAGAGAAGAAGGACGAAAACAAGGACAAAGAGUCACCGAAAUGACUUCAUCCCUAUUAACGCUAAUGUUUUUUGAACCCUUUGCAAUUUUCAUGUACAAUUACUUAGUUUUAGUUUUACUUGUUAGUAUUGUAUUUGCCAUUUAAUCAAUUUUACUAUUUCGUUGUGUCGAUGUCUUUUACAUUCGCUGUUGUUGGGUUAGACGAGGAUGCUCCUUUGAAGAUACGAUGAAGUAUCUAUGUAAAGCAGCGGAUUUUUAAUAUUAGACUUUGCCAUAGGUCAAACUUUUAUUCUUCAAGCAAUUCAAGCAUUCAACGCUUCUUAUCGGCACCGAAUACGUCUCCGCCUAUACCAGCAAGGGUUUGGUAGUUGGGGUCGAAUGUUCCAGCUUUGGCAGCCUGA